GAAACCCAAUCCAACAUGUCAAAUGCCAAAAUCACCGGCCGCCGCAUGUCUAAGAACAAUUGGUUGAAACUAUAUCCAACUUAUCCAGAGUAGAAAAUGGCAGAUAAGGUGUCUGCCCAAAACCAAUCUACAUCACAGAAAAAAUGGGAACAAACCUGAAAAACAUCAGUAGUCCAACAGUUCAUACUUACCCCAAAACAAAAAUAUAAUUCCACAUUUAUUCUCUUGGCUCAGUCACAUUGAGAUCACUUGGUUGCAGAGAUGGCACAAGCAAUGGCAUCGAUGGCUGGCUUACGUGGCUCCUCACAGGCUGUCCUGGAAGGCAGCCUGCAACUCAGUGGCCAAACCCGCUUGAAUAUUGCUAGCAACAAUAAAGUGGCUGUGGCUAGGCCUGGUUUCACUGUCAGAGCCCAACAGACACCAUCCGGGCCUGAAACUGGACGCAGAGCGGUGCUGGGUCUUGUUGCUGCUGGUUUGGCCACAGGCUCCCUUGUUCAAGCUGUGCUUGCCGAUGCAAGAAGCAUCAAGGUUGGCCCACCUCCCCCACCCUCUGGUGGAUUGCCUGGAACUCUGAAUUCUGAUGAGCCAAGAGACCUUGAUCUUGCAUACAAAGACAGGUUCUUCCUCCAACCACUUACCCCAGCUCAGGCAGCUCAGAGAGCAAAGGAGUCAGCCAAGGAUAUUCUUGGUGUCAAGAGUUUGAUUGACAAGAAGGCCUGGCCCUAUGUCAAGAAUGAUCUCCGUCUCAAGGCUGAGUAUCUCCGCUAUGACCUUAAGACAGUCAUUUCUGCCAAGCCCAAAGAUGAGAAGAAGUCUCUCAAUGAACUCACCAAAAAGCUCUUUGAUACCAUAAACGAUCUGGACCAUGCAGCCAAAAUCAAGAGCACCCCUGAAGCAGAGAAGUAUUAUGCUCAGACCGUAUCUACUCUGAACGACGUUCUUGCCAAGCUUGGCUAAGAGAAUUGUUGUAUUUUGAUGUAAGCCUUGUUCAUCGUUUGUGGAUACACUUUCAUUUCCAUGCUAUCCGAAAGGGAAUCUUUAUCUAUUAACGAAAUUGAAACUUGUUAAUUUG